UUAAAAUUAAUACAUCUUAAUUAAAUAAAACUCUAGUACAUAUUAGAGCAGAGGAGCAAUGAGUAGGAGCAUUCCGAAGAUGGGGGCCUCUAUGAUACUACUAUUGGUGGUGGUGGGACACCUCUCCUUCUCUGAUCAAAUAGCAGCGUCUGGGCCUAAUAAUCACCAGCUCCCAAAUCAAGAAGGUGUAGGUGAUGAGGAUGAGAGGCAGAUGCCAUGGAAGUGCUGCGACAAUUGUGUGUGCCCGAGUUCGGAUCCGCUGCGGUGCGGGUGCCAGGACUGGCUGUCGGGAUCGUGCCACCCCAACUGCCGGAAAUGCGUCAAGCUGCCGCUGAUGAUCUACCCGCCGUACGUACGCUGUGCGGACAUUAUUCUGGGCCACUGCGGUGAGCCGUGCAGUACUCAGGAUCAGCCGCUGAACAACUAGUUUAUGUGAUGAGGCAUGAUGAUGCAUGGCUAAAUAAAAAAGAACGUUAUGCAAUGAUCAAAUGCUCAAAUGAUCAAAAGAUAUAUUAAUUUGCAGAUUAAAUAAAUUAAAGGAAUGGUUAUGGCUUGGAU